UGUGUUUGCGUCCGAUCAUGGUUAGGAGAAAAACUUUUGAUUCCAUUCCACAGAUAUUCUCGAGAUUGUCUACAAAAUCAAUCGGUAGGUGUCGUUGCGUGUCGAAGCUAUGGGCGUUCACACUUUACCGUCAUGAUUUCACCGAGUUGUUUAUAACCAAGUCCUUGGCUCGUCCACGUCUCUUAUUUGUGGUCAGCCAACACCUUGAUUGGAGCUUUUACUCAACGCCUCAGCCUCAGAAUCAAUAUGAGAAGUCUUCUCUUGUAGUAGCCGCUACUGAUUUUCAUACCAACUUCUCUAAAGGCACUAGCGAUUACGAUUGUAGCUAUGCCUCUGGAUUGAUCUAUUUUCGUAGUUUUCGUAAUAUGUCCAUCCCAAGGGAAGAUAAAGAUACAAAGCGUGUGAUGUGUAACCCUCUCACAGGACAGUAUGUUAUCUUACCUGAACUUAGAGUCCGGAAAGGAACACUCUCCAAAGUGUUGAAAUCCAAGGUGUUCGGGCGGAUCAUAAUUCCAUAGUUUACGCCUUUGUAGACUAUGUAGAAGAUCUUAGUGUUAACGAUGCAAUGCAACUCAAGCCAAGCCUUGUAAAACUAGUCCAAAAUUUCGUUCCCAAGAGGCCAAAACCACGACGACGUCGGCGUACAUCUCGCGACCUCUCCAAGUCACAGAACAAGGAGCAGAACAUGUACGGAUUAUCAGCUAACCUUCUCUAUCGUUAUGCUGGCUUAGCUAUAUAUAUUCUUGUUUUAUUUAGUUUGUUUUUUGUUUGUUUUUUGGUCUUGUUUAGCACUAUCAUUCGACUGGCUUAUAGCUAAAAUUGUCACAGAUGGACAUAAGAUAUAUCAA